AUGAUGAUGUCUAACGCUAUAAAUCAUAAUAUUGAAUAUUAUAAAUCUGAACUUGUUAAAAAAGAUGAAAUAAUUGAAAAAUUAUUUGAAGAAGUUGAAAAUUUAAAGGAUAAUCGAAGAGAACAAAAUAAACUUAUUAAAAAUUUACAAAAACAGAUUGAAAGUAAUUGGAUAUUAAAAGAAAAAGAAUAUGAAAAACAAUUAAAAGAAUUAAAAAUUGAAAAUGAAAAAUUAAAGAUAGAAAAUGAGAAACUUUUGAAAAGAGAACGAAGAAGAAAUGUUGAUUUCUUUUGUCUAAAAUCACUAGAAGAAAACGUAGAAGAUAAUAAUAUUAUGACUUCGGAAGAAACUGAAGAAAUUGAAAAUGAAAAAAGUUUUCACAUAUAUCCUCAAAAUUCUAGUAAAUUCCUAAAUUUUAUAAAUAGAUUUCCUGUAAAAGAAGAAACAAUGAUUCCAGAUUAUUUUAAAGCCGCUGAAGAAAAAUGCUAUUACGAAGGUGGUGUUAAUCAUCAUGAUCGUUACUAUAAAAGGAGAGCGGUGUAUUUAAAAUAAAAUUACCGUGUAUGGAAAUUUAUAUGAUAUAAAAAAAGAUCAACAUAUAAGCUAUUUCAGCUUUAAGUGUACAUACAAAAUUUAAAAAUCAUGGUUAUGUUGGAUUCUCCAUUAUUUUAUGAAAAAAAAAAAAAAUACCAUUGUAAUGUAGUAAAAUUUCAAUUAUAUUUUCUCUCUCGUGCGACUAUUAAGUAAAUAUUUUUUUAUGUACGAUAAACAAUUGCGCCAUUAUAGUAGCACGUAUGUAUGAAUGUCUAUCAUAUCUGGUGUACGAUUCAAACAUUUUCUAAGCAGAUAUUCUUAUGUAAUAACGAUAAUCAUUCUUAAAAACGAAUAAUUAAAUAUAUAGUUAGUUAGUUGCAAAAAUUUCCUACUAUUCUAAAUUUUGCCGAUUAAUUUAUCAAAAACAAUUCUAUGCAAAAAUAUAUAAACUUCAUUAAAUAUAAAAU